AAAACUACACAAGUACUCUGAUGUACAAGAGAGUUACCUAGACUUGCAAAUGAUAUUCUGAUCUGAGAACAUCGGAAAAACCCGAAUUCGAAUUCGAUCCAGAUUCGACUGAUCGGCGGUUCAGCAUUAGAGUAGUUUUAUGGCGGGUGCCACUUCCGCGCUAUUUAUAAUGGACAUUAAAGGACAUUGUCUGCUUUGUCGCGAUUAUCGUGGUGAUGUAUCUUCACUUCAGGCUGAGAGGUUCUUUUCAAAGCUUCUCGACACAGAGGGUGAUAUAGAUGCUCAUGGUCCGGUAGCUUACGAUAGUGGUGUGGCAUACCUGUUUAUACCACACAAUAAUAUUUAUUUGAUGACAGCUGCAAGGCAGAACUGCAAUGCUGCCAGCCUCCUCGUCUUCUUGCACCGCCUAGUAGAUGUGUUUAGAUAUUACUUUGAAGAGUUGGAAGAGGAAUCCCUGAGGGAUAACUUUGUUGUUGUGUAUGAACUACUCGAUGAAAUGAUGGACUUUGGUUACCCUCAAUAUACAGAAGCCAAUAUUCUUGGCGAGUUUAUUAAGACGGAUGCAUAUAGGAUGGAACUAACACAACGGCCUCCUAUGGCUGUAACAAAUGCAGUGUCUUGGCGUAGUGAAGGGAUCUUUUACAAGAAAAAUGAAGUAUUCUUGGAUGUUGUGGAGCAUGUAAAUCUUUUAGUCAAUAGCAAUGGACAAAUACUCCGAUCAGAUCUUGUUGGGGCAUUAAAAAUGAGAACUUACUUGAGUGGAAUGCCUGAGUGCAAGCUUGGCCUCAAUGAUAGAGUCCUGUUAGAAGCUCAAGGAAAAUCGAUAAAAGGAAGGGCCAUUGAUCUGGAUGAUGUAAAAUUCCACCAGUGUGUACGUUUGGCUCGGUUUGAAAGUGAUCGCACUAUAUCUUUUAUACCCCCAGAUGGAUCAUUUGAUCUGAUGACAUACAGACUCAGUACUAAGGUGAAACCUCUAAUUUGGGUGGAAGCUCGAGUUGAAAAGCAUGCAAGAAGUCGAGUAGAGGUCCUGGUAAAAGCCCGCAGCCAGUUUAGAGAGCGUAGCUCUGCAACUAAUGUUGUAAUUGAGGUGCCUACACCAUAUGAUGCCACAAAUCCUCGAAUCAAGACAUCGAUGGGGUCUGCAAAGUACGCUCCAGAGAAAGAUGCUAUGCUGUGGAAUAUAAAAUCUUUUCCGGGUAACAAGGAAUGUAUGUUAGGCGCAGAAUUUAAACUUCCGAGUAUAAUUUCAGAAGAGGAAUCUGCAGACAGAAAAGCUCCAAUCAGCUUGAAGUUUGAGAUACCAUAUUUCACUGUCUCAGGAAUCCAGGUUCGUCAUCUCAAAGUCAUAGAGAAAAGUGGAUACCAACCUCUUCCUUGGGUGAGAUACAUCACUAUGGCUGGAGAGUACGAACUCAGAAUAAUCUGAGUCCUGCCUUAUCCUGCUAUUCGCAACUAUUAAAUUUGGUUCACAACUUCACUGAAUAAUGUGAUCGUGUUGUUAGUCCCAAUUUCUACCAGGUGACAAGUUUUUCCAUAUAAAAUCAGAAAUUUCACUACUUAGAAAUUUACAUUUUUGCAGAGAAAUAUUUGGCCUAACUCCCUAUAAUUAUCAUUCUAAACCUCCUCCUAUCAUCUUCUUGGUUUAUUUUGUUAUCAUAAACUAAAUAUGUAAUCUUCCUGCUUUAGCAUUCUGAUUUCAGCAUCUCCUACAAGCUUAAGCUCCUACAGUCGAUAGACCUAAAACAAAAUAAAAACUCAGAAUGAUGUGAGGCAGCUGGCAAGAUGAACCACAAGAGAAAUUCAUGUUGAAAAUGAUGACACUAUUUUCAGAUGUCACUAGUGAAAAGAAUUGAUCUAUAUCUUUAAAUUAGCCGCUGUCAACAAAUUAUGAAAUUUAUUCAAC